GUAUUAGCAUAUGGACUCGAGCCACUGUUUCUCUCCAGCGACGAGUUACCACACAAGCUGGACAUCGAGGAUAUAUGUGACAGUCUAACAUCGGGACGGCAGCAGUGACCACACCCUAGCUAUGCAGUUGUCGGAGGUGUUGUGUACAAUAACGCUGUUACUGUCGUUACAGGACCAGUCAGUCUUUGCACAAAGUAGGAAAUGUCCAAAGCUGUCAUUGCCAAAUGGUCGCGUGAAGAUGCGGGCCAGGGGAAAGUUUGCCUACUUCAAGUGUAAGAAGAGAUAUACGAGACUUGGAGACAGGUUUGCUGUGUGCCUGCAAUCAGAGACGUGGAGCCACCCAACACCUAUAUGUAUCUCACGCGGUUGUCCAUCCUUAGGAGCUCUCCCUCAGAUGGAGGUGGAGGAGAGCUACAAUGGCGCCCUUCUCAAGUUCACCUGUCCAAUUGGAACCAAACGCACAGGACCGGAAGUCCUCACCUGUGACGGUCGAGAGUGGAGUGAGGACCCCCCUACCUGCGACAUCGGCUACACAAUGGAGUGUGACUUUGAAGAGGAGGGCAUCUGUGGAUGGAGUCAGGACACCUUCGACAACUUUGAGUGGACGAGGAUGUCGGGGACUACACCGACAAUGAGUACAGGACCUCCCGGUGACCACACAACGGGCUCAGGCUUCUACUUGUUUAUUGAGAGUUCGAGUCCAAGGAAAGCCGGGGACGCUGCUCGGCUUAUCUCACCGGCUUACCCACCCACACUCCGGAACAUGUGCUUUGAGUUCUGGUACCAUAUGAAGGGACCUUCGGACGACGACGCUGUUGGAAGUCUGGAAGUUUAUAUCCAACCCGCCUCAGUCAACAUUGACGAAAUUGAUCCCGAGUUUUACCUUGACGGUAACCAAGGAAACAAGUGGCAUCGCGGUCUUGUGAAGAUCCCAGACCAAGACGAGAUAUUCAAGAUCGUGAUAGUUGGGACAAGGAAAGAAGCUUUUGUCAGCGACAUCGCCAUUGAUGACCUUCGGAUGUUCAAUUGUUCAGAAGAAACUACAACGACGAUGCCAGUAACAACAGCAGCGACAACAACUGUGGUCGUAACGUCAACUACUGCCGACAGAGUGACAACAAGUCGUGCCAGUUCCACAUCUGUCAGUUCCACGCGCGCGAUGAUGAAGAACGUUACCACAGAAAUAGUGCCUUCUGUCAAAACGACUUUGCUUGUACCCACGACUGCUAAACCUGUCACUUCAUCUGUGUCUUCCAUUACUACAACUGUUUUGACAACGUUACAAACAACACCUACUACGGCAAGCACAUCAACAACUACAACGUCAACAUCUACCACAACGAAGCCGACAACCAAAAGACAAACCUCAACAGUGAGAUCGUCUACGAAGCUGUCCACCACUACAAAGAAACCAACUGUCAAGAUGACGUCAACGCCUGUAACAACGACAACUGCUCCUACAUCGACACGACAGCAAACGUCAAGUUCAACAUCAUCGCCAGUGACAUCAGUCUACAGUUUCAGCAGCGAAACCCAAACCAACGCCACCAAUGCGAACGUCACCGUCAACAAAGGGGAUUCUCCGUACGUCACGCACGGGCUGCAGUCAACGUCAAAACGUCCUGAUGACAAUAUCACGUCAUCAGGUGACGAUGAACCUUUUACAGGUAAUGACAGCAAUACGUCGCCAGCUUCUGUUACAAACAAUACGGCAGCAACCGCAACAACAUCAACAGGCAGUGGAGGAGUACCAAAUGUAAGGAACUCGAAGAAAAAUAGAGCUGGUGGGGUCAUGCCUCUUAUUAUAGGGAUCUCUGCUGGGAUUGUUUUGGGGAUGAUUGUCAUUGGUAUCCUUGCAUGGCUGUGGACACGGAACCAGCGCAAGAAGAAGGAACAGGAAGCAGCGGAAGAUGAACUGAACAUGCUCACAACAUCAGAUGCAGCGAGUUAUAAUUAUAAUUAAAAUUAAUUAUUGAAAUAUGAAUUGAAACUUGAUACUAAGUCAAUGGUUCAGUUUGAAGCAAUUUAAUCAAGGUGGCGUUUGAAUAGGAAAUAUAACUUUAUAUUCGUCUUCCGUCUGCAAUACCUUUCAUGAACUGAUUUAGAAAAUGCGAAAUAGUUGGUAAAAUCUAUUUAAAAACGUUAUUAAACUAAAUUUGAAAACUUAACAUAAAAAAACGUUAUUAAACUAAAUUUGAAAACUUAACAUAAUUUUAAUAGUUAAAUGAUGAAGUACUGUACACUCUGUACCUCAGCGUGAGAUUUUGUAAAUUAAGAAAUACAUUACUCUGAGCCGUACGUUUAAGCACUUAGAAAUAUAUGGGAUAAUUAGUACAUUCAUCAACAUCAUUCAAUAAUUUCGCUAACCAAGAAAUAAUAUCUAAAUGCUAAAACACGAUGUAUUAUUCAAAGCUGAAUACUAUCCCAAAUACUGUCUGCUUUCAUGAAAAAUGAAAAUGGUUUUAAAAAUCCAAUUGCAUGACUUUGGUAAUAGCUUGGAAUUUCAUGAAGUUCCAAAAACCCUUGGUAAUGGUUACAUCAUAAUUACCUGGAUGUUACCAACAAAACCAUUCUUGUCAUAUGAGAUUGAUCCCAAUGUCAAACGAAGGGGUAUUUGUAUAUACGUUUUGGUGAGAGGGUGGAUAUGCAAGAUUUCUUUCGAAUAAUAUGCUCUUGUAGUUUGAAGCUGACAUCUGCAAUACUUUCUUUAGAGAUAGAAUGUAUAAAAUGCAAAUACUGUUCAAUUUAUAACAUUGGCUAUAUGACAUAUAUUAUAUGAAGCAAGAAUAUUAUUUUUUCUUAUUUUCUUUCUUAUCUCCAUCAAAACUAAAAGGGUGUUCCGUUUCUUGUAGAUAAAGCUUGCAAGGUACUGACUGAAGUAUAACAGUAGCUGGUUUGAAUGUUGAAUGUUCAGUGAAAAUGUCUACCUGAUUAGCUGUAAAUGUGAAAGAAAACGUUUUUUUCAUUUAUGCUUUCUAUGAACACACGGUUUCAUGUGUAGUAAAUACUCUUUCUAAUACUCUUUCUAAAUGUGAAAGAAAACGUUUUUUCGUUUAUGCUUUCUAUGAACACACGGUUUCAUGUGUAGUAAAUACUCUUUCUAAUACUCUUUCUAAAUGUGAAAGAAAACGUUUUUUCGUUUAUGCUU